AUGCAGAGUAAGAGAGGGCAUCUGGACCUUUUCCUGCGGUUUCUGAUGGGAAUUUCACUGGAAUCCAGUCAAAAUUUGCUCAAAGGCCUGAUCACACACACCAAAGACACCACAGAGAGCAUCAGAAAUCUAAGUGCACACAUUAAAGAAUUACAACAACAGGACAUCUCAGAUGAAACUUCAGUCAACCUGUUCUACUGCUUACUUGAGCUCAAAGAUCAUUCAUUAUAUGAGGAAAUACAGAGUUACCUCAGUUCAAAUGAACAUCCAGGAAGAGAUCUCUCGUCUUCAAUGUGCACAGUGCUGACCUACAUACUACUGAUGUCAGAGAAGGUGCUGGAUGAGUUCAACCCAAAGAGGUUCACAUCAGAACAAUCAGAUUGCAGGAGACUCAUUCCAGCUGUGAGAUGCUGCAGAAACGCUCUAUUUGAAAGCUGUGGUUUUGAUGAAACAUGCUGUGAAACUCUUUCUUCUGCUCUACAAUCAUCAAACCAUCUGACAGAGCUGGACCUGAGUAACAAUGAUCUGCAGGAUUCAGGAGUGAAGCUGCUUUCUGAUGGACUGAAGAGUUCACACUGUAGACUGAAGAUAAUGAGGUUGUCAGGCUGCAUGGUGACAGAGGAAGGCUGUGGUUAUGUGUCUUCAGCUCUGACUUCAAACCCCUCACACCUGAGAGAGCUGGAUCUGAGCUACAAUCAUCCUGGAGAUUCAGGAGUGAAGCUGCUCUCUGAAAAACUGGAGGAUCCAAACUGCUCACUAAAUAAACUUAAUGUUGAGCAUGGAGGAGAAUCCAGGAUUACAGCAGGACUCAAGAAAUAUGAGUGUUUUUUCACACUGGAUCCAAACACAGCAUAUACUCUUCUCAUUCUGUCUGAGGAGAACAGAAAGGUGAAGUGGGUGUCUCAGUCUCAGUCGUAUCCUGAUCAUCCAGACAGAUUUGAUGGUGUGUAUCCUCAGGUGUUGUGUAGAGAGAGUGUGUGUGGACGCUGUUACUGGGAGACUGAGUGCAGUGGACUUGUGUUUAUAUCAGUGUCAUAUAAGAACAUCAGCAGGAAGGGACUGGGCAAAGAGUUUGAGUUUGGAUCUAAUGAUCAGUCCUGGAGUUUGAUCUGCUCUCCUCACAGAUACUCAUUCAGACACAAUAAGAUAAUGACUGAUCUCUCUUAUAAAGAUAUCUACAGAGUAGGAGUGUAUGUGGAUGAGAGCGCAGGAACUCUGUCCUUCUUCAGCGUCUCUGACACAAUGAGACUCAUCCACACAGUCCAGACCACAUUCACUCAGACACUCUGUCCUGGGUUUUAUGUUGGUUAUAAAGCAUCAGUGAAAUUGUGUUGAUGAAUCAGAAGAGACUGAUGAGAUUCUACCCAGAAUGCUUUGAGCUGCAUGAUGAAUCAGUAACAGUGAGAUGUUAUGAGUCUCUUCAAGACAUUAAUACUUCAGCUCAACUUCUAUAGAAUCAGAAAUAUAAG